AUGUCAAGGGCAGCACAGGCCUUCCAAGCAGCGAAGGCGCUGUUUGCCAAUGGUGCAAAGCGAGGCAUCCAUGAGGGCCAGUCGGGCCAGCAGAGCAUAUUGAUGGGGACCAAACACAUAGGGAAGGAAUCGGGGGCGUUCUCCCGCCUUGAGCAGGCGGGGCCUAUCCCUGAGGCUAAUGGAGCAGGCUCUGCCGCUGCUGCCGACAGAAAAAUGGAUCAGAGCUCCUCAGGCAGUGUAUUCAUCCGAGCCCAGAGCUUCAUUGGAAACUUUCUUUUUUAUGGCAUACUGGGGGGCAGCUCAGUUGUGGGGUACUACACCUACUUCUACGACCAGCAGCAGCUGCAGGCGCUGAUCGACUCUCGGAAGGACGCCUUCCCCGGGAGCAGCAUCUGGUGCCAGACGAUGCAGUGGUACCUGGAUAAGCGGAAGUACUUUGAGGGCGAGAUGCGCAGCUUCGCGAACCCCCGGCAAGACAAGCUCCUGCCCGAUGCAAGAGUUGGGGGCCAUGAGAAGACGCUGGUGCUUGACCUGGACGAGCUGCUGAUCCACUCCGACUGGACCCGCCAGCGUGGCUGGAAAGUGUUCAAGCGCCACGGUGCAGAGGACUUCUUCAAGGCCAUGGCGCCUUACUACGAGAUUGUGGUGUACUCCCACCAGCACCACACGUACGUGGACCCCAUUAUGGACCAGCUGGAUCCUCACCACAUCGCCCUCCGGCUGUACAGGGCGGACACGCGUUAUGAGGACGGCAAGCAUGUGAGGGACCUGUCCAAGCUCAACAGGGACAUGUCUAAGGUACUGUUCUUGUCUGCCAAUGCCGAGGCCUAUGCCCUGCAGCCGGACAACGCUAUAAAAUUGAAGCCCUGGCACAAAGACCAAGGCGACACCAUGCUGCUGGACCUCAUACCCUUCCUGCAGUACUUGGCGUUCAAAAGGGCGGAUGUGCGGGAUGUGGUGCGUGCUUACGAUGACUGUGACAUACCUUCCACGUUCCGAGCGCGCAUGCAGCAGAUGGAGGCCAAGAAGGUGGAUACAAAGGGGAAGAAGGGCUUCUUGUCCACCAUCGCGAGGCAGUGA